AUGAUCUCUCCAUUGAGAAGCCGAGUCGCCUUCUUGUUGGCUCUGGCGGCCAGUACAACUUUUGCUGUGCGGGCUCAAACUCAUGAGCAGCGCCGUUCCCCAACCACAUACGCAGGCCAAGAGGUGGAUCUGAGCUCAGCACCUGAAGGCGUCUUUGGCUUGUCCACCAGGCAAACCCAUGCUCAAGAGCUGCCUCUCCCGGCUUUCAUAGCACGAGACCCCAAGCCGGUAUCUAGAAGCGAAAAGGAAUCUCGAACUGCUGGAGAGGAGAGCAAAGCAGAGAUCGAGCUCAGCUGGUGGCUCACGAACACCAACGGCAGCAUAUCCGUCCCCGCGCUUUUUCCCAGUCAAGCACAUCUCGAGCUGCUGCGAGCCGGAAUCAUCGAUGACCCCAAUGGUGAGGACCCGCUGUCCAAACUGGGUGCCAUGAUGCUGCAAUGCUUACUCACGCAAAAGUUUGGUCCAACCUUUGUCUCUGUUCUAUGUAGUCGGCCUUAAUGAAGGCACAACAAGGUGGGUCGGCGAAGAGCCCACCUGGACUUACACGGCAUCCCUGGCCCCUUUGCUGCCUUCCCUUCAAAAGUACGCAAGGCAGAUCUUGUAUUUCCAAGGUCUCGACACCAUCUGUCGCGUCAGCAUCGGAAACAAAUCCAUCAGCUCAACAAACAACCAAUUUAGGAGCUGGCGUUUCGAUGUGACGGAUGCGCUUCGAGGCGUCGAUCCCGCGGCUGCAAACAUCACUCUAGCCUUCGACUCCGCUCUGGAGUACGCAAAGAACGAGAGCAGCAAGGAACCGUUCUUCCCAAACACACAGACUAUGGGCUUCCCGAGCAUCACGACCAACAACGUGUAUCCAAAUCGAAUCUUUGUGCGAAAGCAAAGUUCUGACUUGGGGUGAGUGUUGGAAAGCGUUAGGCAGUCCUUUUGGUCGCAUGCCUGCUAAACGCUUUCACACGUUGUGACUGCUUGCUAGAUGGGAUUGGGGCCCAGCAUAUGUUCCCGCUGGCCCGCACAAGCCUGCCUACCUCAUCGGUCUGGGCGCCGCUCAGGCACAAGAUUCGACGAACGACGGGCAGCGUAGCGAAAUUGCACUGCAGACUAGACAGCACUUGAACGGCACUGCGCCAAAAGAAAUGUUCGUUUAUGAAUCUGGCAUCGAGGUGUAUCGCAAAGGUCAAGCCAACAAUCUGCCGCCGGACGAAACGGCCCCCUGGAUUCUCAAUGUGACUCUGGGCCUUUGGAGCACGACCAAUGGCAGCGCCUCUGUGCGACUUGCGAUUCCCGAGCUCGCGUUAAAGCUUGACGCGUCCAACAUAAGCGCCGCGCUCAGCGUUGGCGACAAUGUCGGCAGAUGGGCCGCCUUCGAGGUGCCCUCGGACGGAGCCUCUGCUCCCGCUCUCUGGUGGCCGUACAAGCUGGGACAGCCAAAAUUGUACGAUGUCGACUUUGAGCUUCGACCCGUCGGCGCUUCGAGCAACGCCGAAGCCACGCGAUGGACGAAAAAGACUGGGUUUCGCACGGUUUGGUUGGAUCAGAGUCCCGUGUCACCUCAAGAUACGGCUGCUGGCGUGCUGCCCGGCACGUACUUCAGGUUCGUGGUCAAUGGCAAGCCGAAUUACAUUCAGGGCGGUUCUGUGAGUUACUUCUCAGUCCGCAUCACUGCCUUCAUCUCGGCUGACGUCUUGGUGGGUGUCGACAACAAGGUCACUCCUUUCGAUGUUUUCUACCCGCGCAUCUCCACAUCUGUUCUGAAGGACCAAAUCGAUAGCGCCGUAGCUGCAAAUCAGAACCUGCUGAGAAUUUGGGGAGGUGGCUCCUACCAGUCGACGCAGUUCUACGAUCUUGCAGACGCAGCCGGAAUGUUGGUGUGGUCCGAAGCUCUUUUUGCAUCUUCGCUGUACCCUAGCUACCCGGUCUUUGCUGACAAUGUCAAGAUCGAGCUCGCUGAGAAUGUCAGGCGCAUCUCGCAGCAUCCGAGCAACGCUAUCUGGGUGAGUGACCCGGUUGGAAGUUUUCAUCUUGUUCCUAAUUGAUUCGUGUAUCCUUGCAUGUGUGCCGCACACAGGUCGGCAACAACGAAGGUGCGUAGAGGGGUUUACAUGCGCGCCAAAUACGGCUGCAGACUCAUCGCCCUGGCUCCAUCUUUUCCAGGCGAGCUACUGCGGCUGUUUGCACCCAAAAAACUGCCCAACGGAACAGCCUACGAGCAGCAGUACGACCGCUUUUUCGAUGUCGAUGUGCGCGAAGCCAUCUACGCGAACACCCGCUCCAUCAGCUACAGUCCCUCGUCAUCGACUCUGGGCUACAAAUCGCUCAAUCCUUACGUGCCCAAUUAUGCGGCUGGUCCACUUGCCAAGAGGUUGCUGAACAUUCCGCUGCCCGACAAUGGACUAGCAGCUGGCUCGCUGGAAUGGUACUACUACGAUUGGACGCAAAAUUACAACGUCAGCCUCUUCGGCGCCAUCUCAAAGCACGCCCGAUUCAUCGUGGAAUUUGGCAUCCAUGCCUUGGCCUCUGUUCAUGCCUACGGUGAGCCUAGUCGAGCUCCAAGCACGUAUUGCGCUAUUGCUGACACCGCGCACGCCCUUAGAUCGCGUCCUACCCAGGUUGGAGGACUUCGCGCUCAACUCUACGGCAGUCAGAGUACACACCAAGCACACGCCAGCCGGUAAUCUGUCGUAUCCCUGGCCAGCUGAUGAUGGUCAUGGGGAGAUGACGCACAGCGUCGAUCUAUACCUUCCGCCUCCUACAGUGCACAACAACGGAACCUCCAUCAUGAAUGGCGACACCGGCUCUCGCGAGCUCUUCGACAAGUGGGCAUACUCUACCCAGAUCAUGCAAGCGGACUACACCGCUCAGCAACUACUUUAUUACAGGCAAGGCGCUGCGAGACCCGAGAACAAUUUUGGCGCCAUCUUUUGGCAAGGCAACGACGUGUGGCCAGGCGCUAGCUGGUCGUCAAAGGAAUUUGGUGGUCGUUGGAAAGUAAGUCUCAGCCCGUGUCAUGACUGACUUCCGGUGUACUGCUGGCUGAUUCAGCUUCGAGCUCAGCCCAUGCACUACCUGGCAGCGAGAACGGCAGAUCGCGUCGUCCCAUUCGCCCUGUGGAAUGCGAGCGCAAAGACGCUCGACCUGUGGGCUCUGGUAAGUGGCAAGAGUGUGGGCGCGCUUGGCGCUGAAGUGGCCAAGUGACUUGACGCUGUCAUCUUCAGUCUGACAGCAGCGAGCAACAGCAUGUCACCGCCAAUUGGACGUGGUAUGAUUGGGAUGGCUCCCCAAUCGUCGCGCCGGUGUCCAAGGAGGUGCACAUCCUUGCCAUCAAUGGCAGUGCUUUGCAGCUGAACGAGACGAUCCCGCAGACGAUAAUUGGAGCUGAGGGCAAUACAAGCGUACCGGCUUGGCUUCAUCUCACCCUUGUUUCGGACCAACAUGGCCGUUCCGAGACUUUCUGGACACCGCCGGGCACACUUCAAAAGGCACCUCUUGCUGACCCCAAGAUGCAGGUGCAAGCCACCGAUGAGGAUGCCGCUUUUAUGAUAUCCUCUCCAGAGGACGCCAAGGGAGCGGCGCCCUGGGUCUGGCUGGAGCAUCCUGAGGGUGUCGUAGGAUACUUUACGGAAGACUUGGGACCGGACUCAGCGCCUAAAGCCUCAAAUUUGUUCUGGCUGACCCCUGGGUCUUCACGUCGAGUCAAGUUCGUUGUCCAAUUUGAUCGCACCGAUGGGGCUUGGAAGCGUGGCGUUACGGCGCGCAGUGUUUGGAACAUCGCGCACUAG